AUGUCUUACCAAGGUUACGGUGCUCCCUACGGCCAACCGCCGCCGCAGCAGCACGGUUAUGGUCAACAUCCCCCACCUCAGCAGCCCUAUGGCGGGUAUCAGCAACCUCCUCCAGGACAGUAUCCUCCUCAGCAAGGUGGAUAUCAGCAACCUCAAGGCCAUUAUCCUCCUCCUGGUGGUCCUCCUCCACCUCAACAGCCCUACGGUGGCUAUCAACAGCAACCUCCUCCUCAGCAGUACGGCGCACCUCCCGGACCUCCACAAGGCCAUUAUGGCGCCCCUCCCCCUCAUCAACAGCCCCAGCAGCAUUACGGCGCACCUCCUGGACCUCCGCAAGGCCAGUAUGGAGCUCCUCCCCCUCAGCAAUAUGGAGCUCCUCCUCCUCAACAGUAUGGUGCGCCGCCAGUUCAGCCAACUCCGCCCUCGCUGGGCUACGGACGCCAAUCCGUUCAAUGGGAUGGUGGCCCCGAUGCCGAUGCUUUACGCAAGGCCAUGAAGGGCUUUGGUACUGAUGAGAAGGCACUGAUCUCGAUUUUGGCAAACAAGGACCCUCUGCAGAUUCAAGCGAUCAGCGAUGCAUUUAAGCAGAGACAUCGUCGCAGCUUGGUCGCUGACAUCCAAAGUGAGACAAGUUCCUGGUUCGAGAAGGCCUUGGUCUCUCUGGCACGUGGUCCGCUCUUGUCUGAUGUGCACGCCCUGCAUGACGCAAUGUCUGGGCCCGGGACAAAAGAGGUUGUUCUGAACGACGUUCUGCUCGGACGAUCAAAUGCAGACCUCAAUGCUAUCAAGAGCGCCUAUCACCACACAUUCCACGACAGGCUAGAGGAUGUGGUCAAGGGCGAUUUGAGCUUCAAGACCGAGCGACACUUCAUGAUUGUUUUGGGUGCCACAAGAGCCGAGGACGCUGCGCCGGUUGACCCUCGACAAGUGGACGACGAUAUCAUGCAGAUUUACAAGGCCACCGAGGGCAAGAUGGGCACAGACGAGAUCCUGGUGUGCAGCAUUUUCAGCACAAGGAACGACAACCAGAUUCGCGCCAUUUCGCAUGGAUACAAGCAAAAGUUUAAUAAGGACCUCGAAAAGGUUAUCAAGAGCGAAUUCUCUGGCCACAUGCAGGAUGCUCUCCUCUUCCAGCUACGCAACGCCACAGACAAGUACAUGCACGCAGCCCAGCUGCUCGAGGAUUCUAUGGCCGGCAUGGGAACAAAGGACCAUCUCCUCGUGGCGCGCACAAUUCGCUUCCACUGGGAUCGCAAUGCCUUGAACAACAUCAAGGGCGCUUACCAGCACCGGUACGGCAAGAGCCUGGGUAAGAGAAUCUCUGGCGAGACAUCGGGAGAUUACCGCAAAACCCUGCUGGCUGCAAUUGGCGAGCCCUUUUAA